UAUCUACUGAUAAAAUAAAAAAGUAGAAUUGUACACUCUCGAUUUAGUAUCUAACCAGAUACCUCUCAAUGAAAGUUACCCUUUACUAAGUAUCUAUUUCCUCGAAUUUUCGGAAGCUAAAGUAUCCUUAAUUUUACAAUAAAUCGUGAUUCAUUGUACCUAUACGCUACUUAAGUGGUUCUGAAAACUAAGAACCACCAUUUUCAUAUCGAUGCUUUGCUCGACGACGUAUUUAUUACCUACAACAUUAUCUGCCAGAGAUAAUUCCACACCGAUGUCUUCGUAAUUCGCAAAAAAAAUAAUACCAAGUUGACCAAGCUGCAGCAAUAACUCAACUGAAAAUAUUCGCCAUUGGGGAUCUCCUCGCAAUGCAUCUUCCGAAACUCUUCCCCAUAAUCUUCGCAAACGUCGCACUGCUUCUAACCGCUAAUCACUCAAAUGGACAAUCGGAUGAAGAAAUCACUCGUGUGUUUCAAGAUGGCAACCAAAGCUACUUUAAUCAUUUGGCAUCAGAUGAACAAGGAAUAUGGGUAUACGUGGACGCGGUAGACUAUCUCUAUCAAUUAACGUCGGAUCUGAAAUUACAUAUUAAACACCCUACACCGCAACCCAAGUCUGCAAACUGUACUCGUAGCUCUUACAACUGUUCAAAAGAAGCCAAGCGAGCGUAUAUGAAUGAGAACCAAGUACUGGUAUUGGAUCACCUGAAUCAGCAACUCUUAUCUUGCAGUAGUUACUUCCCUGGUCUAUGUCGCGCCCACGAUACCGAAAAUAUUUCCAAAAUAGUAGCGACCAGCUCUGAACCUGCAUUGCAGAGUGGUCCUCUUCAGGAGAUGGUAGCCUUCGUAGCUCCCACAUUAUCAUCGACACCAGCUUCUGUACUACAUGUAGCCUUUCUUAUUCGCAGUCACCAGCCAACAGAGUUCGCAUUGAUAACAACUGUCAGAAGUACCCAAAGAGACCGUUUUUUGUCGAAACUCGGAGAAAAUACUAUUAAUUAUGGCGUCUUUAUGAGGACCAUUUAUGGUUUCAAUUAUGGAAACUCUGGGUAUAUUUUGCUUCGCGGAUUUGCCGAUUGGGGGUUACCUAUCGACUCUCUGAGGGCAGGAAUUACUCUUCAGGCAAAAUCUGCAUUGGUAAUCAAGAUAGAUCGUGAAAACGGAAACUAUUCGUAUAGUAAAUUUGUUUUAACUUGCGACGAUUACUUUCAAAAAUCUAAUUUCUCAGCUACAGAUUAUACGUCUACGAGUAUGAACCUCGACAAAGCUUACAUCUACGAGAAUAAGCAAGAAAUAGAUGAGAAAGUAUUAUUCACACUAUUCGGAAUGUACGCGGAUGCGGAAGACUAUUAUAAAAAACAACCAGUAGGUUUUGCAGUAUGCAUGCAUCGUUUAAAUAAGAUACAUUACGAUCCCAUCAGAAAAUACGACGUUCUGGAUGGAGUUUUAGUAUAUUCUCACCAAGGUCGUGACAUAGCCCCUACAGGAAUUGCAGUCACCUCGGUUAAUAACUACACAGUCCUGUUUAUGGGCACACAAACCGGUCAUCUACACAAGGUAUCCGUAAGAGGGUAUGAUUCGCCCGAUGCGGAUACUGCAAAUAUUUAUGCGGAUAUUACCAUCGAUAACGGAUCUGUGAUAAAUCCUGAUAUACUGUACGAUUCUAAAAUGAACCACAUUUUGGGAAUGACGAAAGAGAAAAUCGUCAAAAUCAAAAUGCACAAUUGUGAAAAAUAUAACACAUCGGGGGAGUGUUUGCUUGCAAAAGAUCCUCAUUGUGGAUGGUGUUCACCAGAAGGCAGGUGUAGAACGCAAAUUGAGUGUACUGAUACGUAUACAAAUAGCAACAAAUGGAUCUCGAUUGAUGGUCAUGAAGUCCCGCAACCGAAUUUGGGCAAUCCCUCGCAGAAGAAGAUGAGUUUUCUUUUAAUUGUAUGUAUUUUUGUAUUAUUAGUUUUCUACUUGUAGGGAAUAUCAAGGAUUACUAAAAAAAUGUUUGUUGAUUUUUUUCCACUUUUUUGCAAUGUAAGUAUUUCAACUGGCGUAAACAAUAACAAGGAUUUAUUAAUGCAUUAUCCUUUUUUUGAUGAAUUUUUGCUUUUUUUUUUUACUUAAUAUCCUCCGCAUAAUUACUUGAACUUUGUAACUAAUUUCAUAGUUGGGAAAUUUUUUUUAAACGCAUGCUACGAGCACCUAUGUGUCGAUUGGCAAAGAUAUUUUUUAUACUUCAUUUCAUUUUUUUUUGUUUCUAUUCAUUUUUAUUAUUUUUUGUAUUUAUUGAGCUCCCAACCACUGCACAUGGUAUUUGUGUAGUGUGUACCUACAUAUUUAACGUUAUAUUAAUUUUUUAGAAAAAAAAUCCAAGUAAUUUUGUGGGUAAAAAUAUUUUUUAGUUCUCGAAAUUGAUAAAUUAUACAAUAUAAUUAUAAAAAUGUACUGCUCAAAAAAAAUAAAGUUGUAAACCAUUUCAA